UUCAUUUCCUCCGCUAACAUGUCGACAUAAAACCUUGUCUCGACUCUGAGUACGCCGUGAAAGAAACAACUGUACCAACACCAAGGAGGGAAGGAAGCCAGUACAAUAUACAAUACAAUACAAAUGAGCGAGGAUGAAGAAGAAGAAAACGGUGGAGAGAACAGCAGAGAAGAGCAAGAAGAGCAAGAAGAGGCAUUUGUUGCUUUGAUCGAACACCGUACCAAAGAAGUUGAGCAUCUCAAACAGCGUAUCUCCUAUUACAAAUCUCAGCUUGAUGAAGCAGAGAAGAGGUUGCAAGAUUCACAAUCUAAAUUGGCUCAUCUUCGAGGCCGAGAUAAGGCAGUGUCGUCUAGAAGUUCUCCGGCUAAUGGAACUAAAAAUGUUAAGGUGGAGCGGAGAUCAAUCAGUCCUGUUCGUGUUGAUGAAGAUCCUUCUAGAAGCCAACCUCAAUCUAGAACGGAACUGGUAAUUCCUGCUGUGAAUCCCAAGAUUUCUCAGCCCAUAAAAUCAACAUGGUCUGGCAUGAGAGAUCCUGUUGGGUCCAGUGCUCAAGGAAGUCCUGCCUCUCACCCCAACAGUGUUGUAAAAGGGGAAAAAUCCUAUAGAAAUUCUCGUGAUACAGAAGUUGUUGAUGUUCAAGAUAGAGGAACAAAAAGGAAAUUUGAGCAGAAAGAACAUAAAGAAUUGAUCCCACUGGUGCAAAGCAGCUCUUCACCUUGCACAAUUCGCUGUCAUACGAGCAACCACAUCUCUAGUCAGCACAAAAGAAAGUUGAGAAGUCUUUCGUUGUGCCCAGUGAAUGAUCAGCUUUUUGUGACCAGUGCUUUGGAUGGAAUGGUCAGCUUGUGGCAGCUUCAAUCUAGGGGGUCAGGUGCCUCUUUACUCAGUACAAGUGAUUGUGUAUCUCCAAAGCAGAGGAGAUGGCCUGAAGAUAUAGCCUGGCACCCACAAGGAAACAGCCUUUUUUGUGCUUACACUGCUGAUAGAGGGGAUUCUCAGAUAUCGGUCCUAAAUCUGAAUAAAACACAGGGGAGAGCUCGUGUAACUUUCCUUGACGGUAAACCUCAUGUCAAAGGUAUUAUCAACAGCAUAAUUUUCUUGCCAUGGGAAAAUGCCUCUUUUGUAACUGGUGGUAGUGAUCAUGCUGUUAUACUUUGGAGUGAGAGAGAUGCUGAGAACUCAUGGAUGCCAAAGGCGCUGCACAGGAAUAUGCAUUCCUCUGCUGUCAUGGGAGUUGCUGGGAUGCAGCAAAAGCAGAUUGUAUUGUCUGCUGGUGCAGACAAGAGGAUUAUUGGGUUUGAUGCAGGAGCAGGAAGAGCUGAUUUCAAGCAUCAGAUAGAUAGUAAAUGCAUGAGUGUUCUGCCAAACCCAUGUGACUUCAAUCUAUUCAUGGUUCAAACAGGGACACCGGGAAGGCAGCUGCGGUUGUUUGAUAUUAGAUUGAGGCAGACUGAAAUUCAUGGUUUUGGAUGGAAGCAAGAGAGUAGCGAAUCCCAGUCAGCUCUGAUAAAUCAGGCUUGGUCUCCUGAUGGUUUAUACAUAACAUCUGGUUCAGCUGAUCCCGUAAUCCACCUCUUUGAUAUCAGAUACAAUGCUCACAAGCCAUCCCAAUCACUAAAAGCUCAUCAGAAACGGGUUUUUAAAGCUGUGUGGCAUUAUUCUUAUCCACUUCUUAUUUCCAUUUCUUCUGAUCUGAACAUUGGAUUGCACAAAAUUUAGAAUGCCAUUAACAUAGGACAUAUUUUCACUUAUUUUGAGUCGCUUUUCAAUUUGCUUGCCCCACUCUCGUCAGAUGGUAAUUUUGCUUCAUCCUAGCAGUACUAAGCCAUUGGGAUGUAUAGGAUGAAAGAACCGAGAACCCUGACAGGGAGGUUGGGUUGUAUCACUUAUCAAAUUUUGUAAUUCUUUUUGUCCCCUCGGGGAAAAUAUAUGCUUGUGUAUUCCUUCCCAAUAUGCUUUAUUGUUAAUGUUGCAUACUAACAUGGGAUUUAGUGACGAUGUAUAUGUUUAAGGCUUCAAGCUUGAUCCCAUUAUUUUUCACGGUAUAUGCUUUAUAGAUUGGAAAAAGAAAAUCAUUUCUCUGUACCUAUUGAUGGAUACAAGAGAAGAAUCCACUGUACGAUGCAACGGGUAAUUGUUACGGCUUGAUCUGCACAAGGUGUAUGACAUGUUCUAAAGACUGAGGUGGGUACCAGGAGGGAUUGUCCGUGUUUCGACCUGGCUAGGGCCACGCCAAUCCAACAUACCGUUGACCCACCCCAACUCCUCAAAAAUCAUCAUUUUUUGUCUCUGCUUUGUUCCCUCAAACUAAUAAU